CACACAUGAUUUUUUUUUGGCGAAUUUCUUUAUGCAGAUUUUUUGUGAAAUUUUUUUUAAAUUUUCUAAACCCGGAUAAGAAAAUCGCGAUUUGAAAAUUACAUUCAGAUCGAUCAGAUCAAUUAAUUAUUUUUGUUUUCAAAUAUGGGAUCAUUAUUGAUACGUCGUCUGUUGUGGUUAAAAUCAUGUCAUCAUCAUCAUCAUUCAUUGUUAUUUAGUUCGUUUGUACCUCGACAACAACAAUCAUCGUCAACAGCAAUCAUUCGACAGUUAUAUAAUAAUGAAAAAUCUAAUUCAUUACAAUUACAAUCAACAAGUUUCAAUCAAUAUCGAUUUUUAUCAUCAUCAUCGAAUAAUAAUGAUGAUGGUGAAGAUUCUGAUCAAACAAUAUCACCUGUAUAUCCAACACCACCAACACCUGGUGAUCCAUCACAAUCAUCUGCAUUAUCACCGGUAAAUGUACCGGAUUAUUUUCCAUUCGUACCGGUUAUACCGAUUAAUCGUAAUCCAGUUUUUCCAAAAUUUGUUAAACUUAUUGAAUUGACUGAUCCGAAUCUAAUUCAAUUGAUUAAACGUAAAGUUGAUCUACGACAACCAUAUGCCGGUAUAUUUAUGAAACGUAAUGAUAAUGAUAUGGCUGAAGUUGUUCGUUCAUUAGAUGAUAUUUAUCCAGUCGGUACAUUUGUUCAAAUUCAUGAACUACAAGAUCUUGGUGAUCGGAUUCGAAUUAUUGUUAUGGCACAUCGUCGUAUAAGGAUUUUGAAACAAAUUGAUGAAAAUGCUGAACAACAGGAGGAAUCUGCUGCUGAACAACCAUCAAGAAAAAAUGGUUCGACAAUGAUGCGAAAAAAACGUUCACGUCGAAGUUCAGCAACAACAGCAACAGCUCAAACAUCGAAUGACGAACAAACGACAACAGAUCAAGAUAUUGCUCAACAACAAUCAUCGGAUUCGGAAUCGAUGGUGGUUGAAAAACCUAAACCAGUACUAAUGGUAGAAGUAGAAAAUGUUCAACAUGAAGAAUUUAUUGAAAAUCAAGAAAUUAAAGCGCUGACGCAGGAAAUUGUCAAAACAAUUCGUGAUAUUGUUUCAUUAAAUUCUUUAUAUCGUGAACCAAUUUUACAAUUGAUGCAUUCUGGACAGAAAAUUGUUGAUAAUCCAAUAUUUCUUUCGGAUUUAGGUGGUACAUUAUCCGGUGCUGAUUCGAAUGAGCUACAACAAAUUUUGGAAGAAACAAACAUACCAAAACGUCUUUAUUUAUCAUUAUCAUUAUUGAAAAAAGAAUAUGAAGUUAGUAAAUUACAACAAAAAAUAAGUAAAGAAGUUGAAGAAAAAGUUAAACAACAACAUAGAAAAUAUAUGUUAAAUGAACAAUUGAAAAUUAUUAAAAAAGAAUUAGGUCUGGAAAAAGAUGAUAAAGAUGCUAUUGUUGAGAAAUUUCGACAAAAAAUCAAAGAUUUAAUUGUACCACAAUCAGCAAUGGAUGUUAUUGAUGAAGAAUUAAAUAAAUUAUCAUUAUUAGAUAAUCAUUCAUCGGAAUUUAGUGUAACCAGGAAUUAUCUUGAUUGGUUAACAUCAAUACCAUGGGGUAUAAGUAGCGUAGAGAAUUUAGAUUUAAAACGUGCUGAAGAAGUUUUGAAUGAAGAUCAUUAUGGUAUGGAAGAAGUAAAAAAACGUAUUUUGGAAUUUAUUGCCGUUAGCCAAUUGAAAGGACAUACGCAAGGAAAAAUUCUUUGUUUUUAUGGUCCACCUGGAGUGGGUAAAACAAGCAUUGCUCGAUCGAUUGCACGUGCAUUGAAUCGUGAAUAUUUCCGAUUCAGUGUUGGUGGUAUGACUGAUGUUGCCGAAAUUAAAGGUCAUCGACGUACUUAUGUUGGUGCUAUGCCCGGGAAAAUUAUUCAAUGUUUGAAAAAGACAAAAACUGAAAAUCCAUUGGUAUUGAUUGAUGAAGUGGAUAAAAUUGGUCGUGGUUAUCAAGGUGAUCCUUCGGCUGCCUUAUUGGAAUUGCUGGAUCCUGAACAGAAUAAAAAUUUCUUGGAUCAUUAUCUGGAUGUUAAUAUUGAUUUAUCGAAAAUUUUGUUUAUUUGUACGGCAAAUGUAUUGGAUACAAUACCCGAACCAUUACGUGAUCGUAUGGAAUUGAUUGAAGUAUCGGGUUAUGUUGCUGAAGAAAAACUUCAAAUAUCAGAGAAAUACCUAAUACCAAUGGCACAUAAAGAAUCAGGAUUAUCACCGGAAAAAGUUGAAAUAACAAAAAAUGCAAUCAAUUUAGUAAUACGUUCUUAUUGUCGUGAAUCAGGUGUUCGUAAUCUACAGAAACAUAUUGAAAAGAUUAUGCGAAAAUCAGCAUAUAAAAUUGUUAAUGAAGAAUGUAAAAAUGUUAUUGUUGAUGAAACAAAUUUACAGGAUUUUGUUGGUAAACCAUUGUUUGUUAAAGAUCGUAUGUAUGAUGAAACACCACCAGGUGUUGUUAUGGGUUUAGCAUGGACAUCACAUGGUGGUUCAACAUUAUAUAUUGAAACAACUGUACAUCGUAAAUUGGAUUUAUCCAAAUCGAUAGCUGUUGAUGAUAAUGAUCGAUCUACAAGCGAUAAACAACAACAACAAGGUUCAUUUGUAUUGACUGGACAUUUGGGUGAUGUAAUGAAAGAAAGUGCAAAUAUUGCCUAUACAUUUGCCAAAUCAUUCAUGUUGAAACGAUCUUCAUCAGAAUUGGCUUCAGAAUUUUUACAACGUGCUCAUAUUCAUUUACAUGUACCGGAAGGUGCAACACCAAAAGAUGGUCCAAGUGCUGGUUGUACAAUGGUUACAGCAUUAUUAUCAUUAGCAAUGGAAAAACCAGUUCGUCCAAAUUUGGCUAUGACUGGUGAAAUAUCAUUAACAGGUAAAAUUCUGCCUGUUGGUGGUAUUAAAGAAAAAGUUAUUGCCGCUAAACGUGUUGGUGUCGAUACAAUUAUUCUACCUGAUGAUAAUCGAAAAGAUUUUGCCGAUCUACCUGAUUAUAUUCAGGAUGGAUUAACUGUUCAUUUUGCUAGCUAUUAUGAACAGGUUUUCGAUAUUGCCUUUAAUUAUUAAAUAUUUUUUUUGUAGAUUUCUA